CUGGUACUCAGUCACUAACAACCACUGGAUUAACUUUCGAGUUGCAAGUUUUAAUAAAGAGGUAACAUCAAGUAGAGAGUCAUUGGAAAACCAGUUAAGGAAUACUGGCCAGCUGUUUCGUCCCUGUUUGAGACUCUUCAGCAUAGUGCACCCAUAGUAUUUUUUGAACCUUACAUGACAAGAUGCGCUCGCAGGCAAUUCAGCCACUGGGACCCGUUCCAAUCGCCCAUGAAAUCCGACCUCUGUCUAGUCACUCCCUGGUUUUCCAAUGGUUCUCUGACAGAUAUCAACUCGUGACCUUUAGCCAGUCAAAUCCUUGGAACUCCACACUCGAUAACGUGUUGGUUUGCAGAUUGUAACAACGGAGAAUACUUGAAAUGUGAAACUUUAGUAAUCAUCAAAAUAGAAGAGCCAAAUUACUGAACCAAUCAAAAAGUUAUGUCAUCCUACCAAUCACCAAGUGUUUUCGGUCAUACUACAAAUAUUAGUUCAGUAGCCAGUGUGUCUUCCGACCUAAUAGCGCAUCGUGGAAUAUGGCGUAAAGUCAUCUCGAUGAUUAUAUUUAUUGGAUUUCUGUUAACAUCAUGGGCUGUGAUUGUGCUGCAUGCAAUCAAUUUCACAAAUGAAAGUAUUCUUGAAUUAUCUGUGUCGAUAUCUGUACUGAUAGGUGGACAGUAUAUCAUAACUGGCAUUGUAGACGGAGUAAUCUAUUGGCAACGUUGGAAUGCAUCAAGUCAGCGUAAACGUACAAAAAUACAAGAAGAAAAUAAAAAAGCUUGGAUACUUAUGCGAAUUACACUAACACUAUUGGGUAUGGCUCCAAUAUCAAGAUAUAUUGAAUCGAUAGUUGCAAUAAAACGUAUGAUUAGUCUAGAAAAACAAUACAUGUCUGAGACAAUCGCCUUAGUUAAAGAAGUUCAGCAGCCAUCAAAUCUCCCGAGUGGAUCAUUACUCAGUGUACCAAUUACAAAUAAUCAAUUAUCACAACAAAAGAAAACAACGGAUAUAUCAAGUAAUCCUUCAAGAAUGAGACAGUUGGAUGCAGGAAUUCAACGUGUUCGACGCAUUCGACGUCAAUUCUGUCGUACAGAACAUGAUGCAGCCUAUGUAGCACUGGCCAGUGGUGUUGUCGGUGCUGGACCAUAUGCUAUAGCUCAAGGGAUACUGUUCUAUCGAAGAGAAACACUGCGUUUUAUGAUGACAUUAGAUACUAAAAUAGUUCUUCUCAUCUGUGCUGUAUUCAGUAUGUUAUGGAUAAGUACAAGUUUUACACACUUUUAUCCUGCGGAAUAUCAACAAAGUGAAUUGAAAUUUGAGCGUGGAAUUGGACAAGUUCAUGUUGCAGGUUUAAUUCUCCUCUUCUUUACACAUCUUAUUCAUAUUACAUUACGUUGUUUUUCAAUUGCUCUAUUCACUGGAAGAUUUUAUGCAAUUAUAUUAGCUGUUUUAGGCGGACAUUUUAUUAUCGUUUUAAUAUCAAUUAUUGUUGCGAGAGUAUAUACUGGUCGGUAUGAUUCUAUUGAAAGAAGCGGGAGAGAACAACGUGGUGAUGUAUGCGGAAAUUUUCUAUCUGAUUUAAUCCACUGUUAUAUUAGUUUAUUUGAAUUUAUAAACGCUGAAGUUAAAUAUACACGAACACGGUAUCUAAUAUACUACUUUUUAUACUAUUUAGAAAAUUCAGUUAUGAUUGGUUUAUGGUAUGAUUAUUAUGAAUAUCCUGAAUCAUGGUACUAUCUUCCAUGUUUACUGGUUGUUAUCUUAGUCCAAUUAUUAGGAUUUAUACUACUACAAGUAUAUUUAUAUGUGUAUUCAAAAUCACGACGUAAAACAACACUGUGUGGUCUGUGUAUGGCGCAUAAAGAUAUUGAUACUAUUGAACAUAAUGAUGGCGGGAAAUUUAAAAAUGAACAAUUCUAUAAUGGUUUAACUAAUUGGAAUCAAUCACAAUCAAUUCUAACGAAUACAACGCAUAGAACACUAGAAAAACAACGAUCAGGAAGUAUUUUAAACUAUUAUCCAUCUAUGAAUAGUCUUAGUUAUGCAACAACAAGAACACUGCCUAAACGUGCUUAUAAUAAUAAUAGUGGUACAUGUGAUCCAGUAUUUGGUGAACAAAUAUCUCAGUCAGCUGCACCGCUUAAAUCUAAGGUGGCAAAGGGGAAUAAAAGAUAUAAAACGGAUUUACAAAAAUCGAUUGAACAUGAAAAACAGGCUCAACAAUAUCUUCAGCAGCAACAGCAACAACAGCGGAAUAGACCUCCAUCUGAAAUGUCCCAAUCGCAGUAUUAUUAUUCUAAACCCCCGCCAACAUCGACAACAACAGCAGGGGGAGAGAUGAAAAGACGACGUUACCUAUCAGAAUCUCGUCAAGAAACUCAAUCAAAUGGUCAAACACGUUCACGUCAAAGACCAGUCUCUUAUAAUACACGACCACCAUCAUCGAAUCUUAGUCAUACAACAGAGCAUAGUAAAAGAAUAUCUCGGACAAAUAGUUAUUUAUUACAAGAGAAUUCAUCGAAACCUUCAAAUAAUGACCAAUACUCCUUCUCACAACAACCACAGACAGUGUUGACAAAACAGAAUCCAAUCAAGUUGGAGAAAGGUGUUUAUAGGCCGAAAAGUAAUCAUCACUCUGUGAGUAAUAUAACACAAAACCGUAUGAAAACAAAGACGACAUCUAGAGAAUAGAAACAUGACUGUGUGUGACUGACUAUGUAGGUAUGUAUGUAUUUGGAGAGUAACGCUCAUUUACUAGUAACACCACCUGUUUUAUAAGAUUUUGUUAUUGUUAUUAUUAUUAUUGUUACCGUUCUGAAUGACUUACUGCAUAACACAUAUGAUCUCACUCUCUCUCUCUCUAUUUCUCUCUUACUAAGAUUAGUCUUCCAGAUCACAAUUAAGCCAGACUCAAAUUUGUCAAGCAAACAGACAAACUCACGCACACACAAACAGACACAUGCCAAAAUAUUUUUCUAUACUUUUUUCAAUCCACGCUCACCCCCCCCCCUUGUUUUUAAUAUUAAUCGAAACUUUUGAUUUUUGAGUGAUUUUGCACGUAGAAUGAAACACCUAAAGAGAAAAUUAUACAUAUAUAUAUACUUAUUGCAUAGU